UUGAGUGGUAGCACCUAGGAGUUGAAAGAAGGCAGAAUGCAUACUUCCUUACCACCAAAUGCAGGCAGAAUGAAGAGUUGGAAUCUAAAGAAGCAGGCCGCAACUAGGAUGACACUACUCCUUUAUUUGAUCCUCCACUUCCUUGCAGUGAUGGCUCAGCAAGAUGAUCGAAAUUGGGACAAGCAAUGGUGCAUAGCAGAUGAGCAAACACCAGAUGAUGUCUUACAGCAAGCUCUUAACUGGGCAUGCGGUCCCGGUGGUGCAGACUGCACCAUGAUUGAGCCAAACAAAUCUUGCUAUCUUCCCAAUACUGUCAGAGACCAUGCAUCAUAUGCCUUCAACAACUACUGGAGAAAGUUCAAGAAACAUGGUGGUACUUGCUACUUCAAUGCAGCUGCAAUCGUCACCGACUUAGAUCCAAGUCACAAUUCCUGUCAUUUUGAGCCAGCAACCUAGUAUGAAGGAAAUGCUUCAUGUAUUCCUAUGAAGAGCGAAGUUACCUUCAAUGCUAGCUUUCUCCUCAUGUUGUUACUUGGAGUUUUGGAAACAUGGAUGUCUACAGAAGGCAAUAGCUGACAUGUUGCUCCAUACUCCAGAUGUUUCAGUUCUUUCAUGUGAAUUUUAAUCAGAACAUAUUUUCAUUUUUCACCA